AUGUUUGUUAACGCUAGUGUUCUGGUGGUCAAGAGCAAGGAGAGGAUGGUGAAGAAUCUCGACGCACAAACAGUCAAUAGAAACAUUUUUUUCAGCUUGAGACGCGAAACAAGACUGCUCCGUAUACAUGUCCUACUACCAAAUACCAGGAAGUUCUUGGUUAAUCUAAUAGAUGAAUACUACCAAGGAUUGUUGAGCUGGGAAGUGUUUUCAACCACGGUGAAGGCCUUUCACGCUACAAGAAUGGGGGGGGGGGGUCCCAAGAAGCGACUUGUGAUUCCUAAUAAACCUAACGAAGAAGACUAUUUCUAUGCUAAUACCUAUCAUAGAUGUAUGAAUGUCUUGAGCUGUUACAUGAGAAUAAUGGUGAUUCACUAG